GCAUUUAAGUCACAAACUCCCACCAGUCUCGCCAUUAAUCUCCUCUCUCUCUCUCUCUCUCUCUCUCUCCCCCUCUCUCCUCUCUGAGAUCCUCUAAGGUGUGGCCUUCUUUCAGGCCGGAGCCAAGGUAGGAUUGUUGCCUGGUUUGGAGGAAGAUGGGAGGGUGUUGUAGCAAGGAGGAGGUCAAGCCGGGAGGACUUCAAUGCACAGAAGAGGAGGAAGAUUUUUUUGAUGGGAAGGAGGGGGAGGAUGGAGCACGUGUGAGGUUGAAAGGGUCGUGCACCUUCGCAUCCAUGUACACGCAACAAGGAUGGAAGGGUGUCAACCAAGAUGCAAUGACCAUGUGGGAGGAUUUUGCUGGCGAGAAGGAUACAAUCUUUUGUGGUGUCUUUGAUGGACAUGGCCCCUUCGGUCACAAAGUUGCCGGCCAUGUUCGUGAUACCCUGCCAAUGAGACUCUCUUCAGAAUUUAUGUCGUCGCAGUUCUUUGAUCAUGGCAACAAUGACAGCAAUCUCAAUAAAAACAAUGUCAAUGGAGAUGACAGCGAUGACUCAGACCAUUUUCAUGAUGUUAGUGAUGAUUCCCAACAUUGUUUCUCCGCAUGGAAGGCCAUCAUUGUUAAGGCAUUUGAGGAAAUGGAUAAAGAGCUCAGCCAACAAGCUAGCAUCGAUUGCAUUUGUAGUGGAACCACAGCAGUAUCCAUAGUUAAACAGAUGGAACACUUGAUAAUUGCCAAUUUAGGAGAUUCUCGGGCUGUUCUUUGUACCCGAGAUAACGAAAACCAACCUGUUGCUGUCCAACUGACUGUUGAUCUAAAACCAAAUGUUCCAAGUGAGGCCGAAAGGAUUAAGAGUUGCAAAGGAAGAGUUUUUGCGCUUGAAGAAGAACCAGAUGUGCAUAGGUUAUGGUUGCCCGACGAGGACUCUCCAGGCCUUGCCAUGGCAAGAGCUUUUGGAGAUUUUUGCCUGAAGGAUUUUGGGCUUAUCUCCACACCACAGGUUUCGUAUCGGAAGCUUUCAGAGAAGGAUGAGUUUGUGGUCCUUGCAACUGAUGGGGUAUGGGAUGUCCUAUCAAAUGAGGAAGUUGUAAAGAUAGUGUCAUCAGUCAGUAAACGAUAUGAUGCUGCUAAGCAAUUAGUAGACCGAGCGGUCCGAGCCUGGAGAUUCAAACACCCUACCUCUAAGGUCGACGACUGUGCCGUUAUAUGCCUCUUCUUGAAUCUCCUUCCCACAUCAACCAUGCCAACCAUCGAGGCUCGCAGAAGCAGCAGAAAAUCUCGCGAACCAUCAUUCUCUGAUAGCUUCAAAACAGCUAGAAGUGGGGAAGUCUCCGACUUGGAUGAUGAGAGCACUGCAGGCUCAAGGGAAGUGUGGACUGCUCUUGAGGGUGUCAGCAGAGUGAACUCAUUGUUGAAGCUUCCCCGGUUUGCUGGCGUAUUGAGCUGGCGUAAGAGAUCGGUGAAAGUGGAAGAGGAUGAAAUGCCAGCUUCGCCAAAGAUCUAGUAGUUACCCUUCACUUGAUUUUAUUCUUCGAGAUGAAUUCAAUUCAUUGCGCGAGCAAACAGAGUCACAAAACAGUCAUGGUGCUGUGCUCAAACAACCUAUGCUCAACGCGACCGGAUCUUUACAUCAUCUGCUCUACCAAAUUUGAGGACCAACAAAAGAAAACCAUCUUAGUGAGCAUCAACACCUUCCGUCCUAAUAUCAUUUCCCAUUCUUUCACAGCACGCUCUGCUUUGUACCAGAGACGAGCUCAGGAAGAACUGCAAUAUAGCUGGGUUUGUUAUGAUCCUUUGAGAGGAAGUAGUGAAUAUACCCAGCCUUCUAUUGGAACCUCAUGGGGGCUCUGUUUUUAUUUGUGCAGAAGGGAGGCAAAUGGCUCGGAUGUUUUAUCAGUUAAACUUGCUUGUGCCAGCAAGAAAUUGAUUUAUUUGCUAUCGCCUGUUCUUUUCUGAUAGUCCUUUUUUGG